AUGUAUGAUUUCCAAGAUUAUAACCUACAAUUAUUUUUUUUCUUUUUUGUAGGUAUAUGUAUACGAAAUUGUGCUCAAUGUAAAAAAAUGUUUGGAUCAUAUUUUGAUGGUCAACUAUGCGCCGAUACUUGUGUGAAAUUUAAAGGUAAAACAAUUCCAGAUUGUGAAGAUGUUGGUUCGAUUUCACCGUUCUUAAAUAAAUUUGAAUAAACAACAAACCUAUGUUAUAUGUAAUCGAUUUUAUGUGCCAGAAUAAUUAUUAUUUUAAAAAUUUAAUAAAUUAACCUGUCCGCUAAAA